AUGUUCUUUGUGGAGGUCGAGGUGGGCGGCCGAACGCUUUACGCUUUGGUCGACACUGGCGCAUCCAACAUGUUCAUGUCGACCGAGGUUGCAAAGGCCUUGGGACUUCACGUGGAGCCAUCCGGGAAGUCGUACAAGCCCAUCAAUUCAGGCGACUUCCAUGGCAUUGGAGCAACACCCGACGUGGACGUCAAGAUUGGUGGAUGGAGGGGUCGAAUGGCGUUCGAGGUAAUCCCUCUUGACGAUUAUGAUCUCAUACUUGGCAUGCAAUUCUUCAAGAGUGUGGGAGCCAUGAUCGACAUGAGGACGAAGUGCAUGAUGAUCCUCGACCAAAAGUGCCCGUCGAUGAUCCCCAUGAUCAAAAGGGUAGUCGACACCAAGACCAUCGAGUCGAUCCGACGCCUCGACAAGAGCUUGAAGGCCGUCAUGCGCAUCAACAAGCUGUCCGAGGUCAAGCUGAAGGUCGAGUUGGAUCCUACUCCGACUCAUGACAUGCCAAUCCAAGCGCUCUUCCCUAAGGUUGAGUGCGCACCGCGUGCUCCGUCCAAGCCGAAGACCGAGCUGCGUACCAAGUCCGACUUCAUCAUUGAAGGAUGCGGUCCUUCGUUCGUGAGCGUCCGAGCGAAGAGAAACAAGCACAAGAGAGACCGUGCCAAAGCCCGCAAGGCUACUCGCCAAGCUGAGAGCGACGAGGACGUCGCUCGAUUGAGUGGGGGAGAAUGUCACGGGCCUAGAGAUGGACGACCCGAGAGGUUCCCCAGAGUCGACCCCAACUCGCCCGUGGACCUCCCGCGUCACACGAUUCCCACCGAGCCUUCUCCCCGAACAUUGCAAGGGCGGGCGAUACCGUCAUUGAGUCAUAUUACGGGAGUCUGUUCCUUUCAUUUAUGUCGGUAA